AUGAGCAAAAGAGGACUCUUUAUAGUUUUUGAAGGAUUAGAUAGAUGUGGAAAGACAUCCUAAUGCGAGAAUUUAGUUAACUUUUUAAAAGAAAGUGGAAAAAAAGCAAUUAUGAAGAGAUAUCCUGACAGAACUACAACCAUUGGCCAAACUAUCAAUAAUUAUCUUUAAGGAAAGUAGAAUUUAAGCGACUAGGCAAUUCAUUUGAUUUUUUCAGCUAAUCGUUGGGAAUAAUAAGAAGAAAUUAAGAAGAUUUUAGAUGAAGGAACCAAUAUUGUUUGUGAUAGGUAUUGUUAUUCAGGAGCAGUUUAUACAUCAGCUAAGGGUUAUGACAUAGAAUGGUGCAAAAAUCCUGAUAAAGGUUUAAUAAAGCCUGAUAUUGUUUUAUACUUGCACGCUCCUAAAGAGGUUAUUUCAAAAAGAUCAGGAUUUGGUGGUGAAGUGUAUGAGAAAGAAGAAUUUUAAUAAAAAGUAAGGGAAGCAUUUGAUAAUCUGCUCUAAAAAGAAGAUAAUGUAGUUUUUAUUGAUGCUAGUGGAACAAAGGAAGAAGUAUUCGAUUUAAUAAACUAAAAUAUAAAAAAGGUAUUUGAGGAUGCUUCUACAAAAGACUAAAAAAUAUCCCAUUUAUGGAUAUGA